CUUGUAUAUAUUGAGUUUACCUCAAAAUCACUUUAUAGGUUCCCUGCCAGAGAACAUAGGAAUUUUAAUAAAUCUAGAGUAUUUAGAUAUCUCUGAUAACAUGUUAUUCGGUAAAAUUCCCACAAGUCUUGUUAGUUGUAUAAAAUUAGAGUACCUAGACAUGCAUGGAAAUUUCUUCAAUGGGACGAUUCCAUCAACUUUCAGUUCACUAAGAGGUCUUACAGAAUUGUCUCUCUCUCACAACAACUUGUCUGGCACAAUUCCAGAAUUCUUAGAACGUUUUGUAUUUUUGGAAUCUCUCAAUCUAUCUUAUAACAAUUUUGAGGGCAUGUUGCCGAUGAAAGGAGCGUUCAAGAAUGCAACGGCGACAUCAGUUGAAGGAAAUAGCAAGCUUUGUGGGGGCAUACCUGAGUUUCAUUUGCCAAAGUGCAAACUCCAGCAUGCAAAAAAGAAAGGAUUGAGCUUAACCAUGAAAUUGGUUCUCUCCCUCGUUUGUGGGAUUCUUGGAGUCAUUUUUGCACUAACCUUUUUGUACCUUUAUUGCUCACGGAGGGACAAAAAGGGUCAAGCCGCAAGUGAUUCGGACAAAUUUCCCCAGGUGUCUUACCAAAGUCUUCUAAAGGCUACAAAUGGAUUCUCCUCAACCAACUUGGUCGGUAUGGGCAGUUUUGGGUCCGUUUAUAAAGGAAUACUUGAGCAAGGUGAAACUACAGUUGCCAUCAAGGUACUCAACCUCGUUCGUCGCGGAGCUUACAAAAGUUUUAUUGCUGAGUGCAAGGCUUUCAAAAAUAUUAGACACCGUAAUCUUGUCAAGGUACUCUUAGCAUGUUCUGGUUUUGAUUAUCGCGGUCAUGACUUCAAGGCCUUAAUUUAUGAGUUCAUGGUUAACGGGAGCUUGGAGGAAUGGCUGUAUCCAAUUCAUGCAAUUGGUGAGACAAAUGAGAGACCAAGGAUCUUAACAAUUUCUCAGAGGUUGAAUAUUGUUAUUGAUGUUGCUAUGGCAUUGGAUUAUCUCCAUCAUCAUUGUGAGACGCCAAUAGUUCAUUGCGACCUCAAACCCAGCAAUAUUCUUCUCAAUGAGGACAUGGUUGCACAUGUAGGUGACUUCGGGUUGGUGAGGUUCCUACCAAAAGCUGCUGAAAAUUCUUCGGGAAAUCAAUCAAGUUCUUUAGGGAUAAAGGGAACUAUUGGUUAUGCUCCUCCAGAAUAUGGCAUGGGACAUGAAGUGUGGACACAAGGUGAUGUGUACAGCUUUGGCAUCCUCCUAUUGGAAAUAUUUACAGGAAAAAGACCGAUCGAUGACAUCUUUCAGGGAACUUCAAACCUCUAUAGCUUUGUGAAGGCAGCUCUGCCUGAGCAAGUGGAAGAGGUUUUGGAUCCCGUUCUUGUUCAAGAGAGCAAUCAUCCUAAUGCGGGGAGGGCAAGGAAUCGCGUCCUAAUCAUAGAAAGUUUAAUCUCUGUUUUAGAAAUUGGUGUUGCUUGCUCAGCGGAGUUACCUAGAGAAAGAUGGAACAUCUGUGAUGCUGUGGCACAUAUGUGUCGGAUCAGAAACAAACUUCGAGCAAAUGGUAUAUGUGAAUAGAAGCUUAUUGUUAAU